AUGGCUCCACGCAUCCACGUCAUGCAGCAGCAAACUCGCGCCAAGUCGUGCCAGCUACGCAUUCUCGUCGUCGGCGCCGGUCUCGCUGGCCUCGGAUGCGCCAUCAGUUGCGCGCUCGCCGGUCAUACAGUUGAAAUACUCGAAUCUGCGUCGGAAAUCAAAGAGGUUGGCGCGGGUAUUCAGGUAUUACCCAAUAGUUCGCGGGUGCUGCAGCAUUGGGGCCUGGAAGAGGCGUUGACUCCGCACAUGACCAUCCCCAGCGUGUGUAACUUCAUCGGGUGGAAGGGGAAUAAAAUCUCCCAUCUUAAUUUUCAUGAGUCUGAGAAGAAUUAUCCCGGGACGUGGUAUCGGGAUUUCCACCGUGCGGAUCUGCAGCGAUGUCUUGUCCAGAGAGCGUUGGAUCUGGGUGUGAAGAUGACCUGCAGUGCGCGCAUUGUCGAAGUCCGUGUGAGCGAAGAUGGAGCGACGGCCUCUGCUGUUGCGGCAGAUGGAAGGAAGUGGGAAAGUGACCUGGUGGUGGGCGCGGAUGGGGUGUUUGGGAGGUUGACCGAAGCUUUGCUGGGCCGCAGCGACCCUCCGGUGAAGACAGGUGAUCUCGCCUACCGUCUUCUUCUCUCGACCGACGCCAUGCGUAAAGACCCAGAGCUGGCGCCGUUCGUCAAUCAUCCACAGGUGAAUUACUGGUUGGGACCUGAUGCUCAUGCCGUCAAUUACGUGCUUAGAGGAGGCGACCUGUUCAACAUGGUUCUACUUGUUCCCGAUGACAUCCCCGAAGACUCACUAGCAUCGACUAUAGACGGAAAUGUGGAAGAGAUGUGUGCUUUGUUUGAAGGCUGGGAUCCACGAAUUCAAAAGCUACUCAAGCUCUGUCAGUCCGUGCAGAAAUGGCGUCUAUGUAUUCGCUUUGGCGACUACGACUGGACGCACCCAUCAGGAGCAUGGGUGAUGAUUGGAGAUGCGGUCCACGCAACUCUGCCAUAUCUCGCCUCUGGAGCUGGCAUGGCCUUCGAAGACGGCGCAGUACUCGGCGAAUGCCUAUCACGUCUCCCCCACGUUUCCAAGGACUCGCCCGAAUUCCUAGAAGCGAAGAAACAUGCCCUAGCCGUGUUCCAAGAAUGUCGCAAGCAACGCACCAAAAUGGUGGUCGAGCGAGGAAAUAUCCAGCAGUAUCUAUACCAUCUCCGUGACGGCCCCGAGCAAGAAGAAAGGGACCGGAAGAUGCAGAUGGUGCCUACGCCCGAGGGAGAGGCUCUCGCUUGGCGAGAUCCAGGUCUAGCUCCGAAGCUGCUUGGAUAUGACCAUAUUGCCGACGUCGAUCGGUGUUGGGGAACUGCCCACGGAAGUGACAAUAUAGAAUCUCGCCUGUGA